GUUCAUAGAACAGAGACGAAAAGAAAGAGAGAAAAACAGUGGGAUUGACUUUAGUUUGUGGGUGAUCCUUGUGUUUGGAAAUGGCCGCUGAGAGCGAAAAGGGAAGUGUAUGUGUAACGGGUGCAGGAGGGUUCCUUGCCUCAUGGCUCGUAAAGCUACUUCUCUCCAACAACUAUAUUGUCCACGCUACAGUUAGACAACCCGGAGAUGUGAAGAAUGCUCAUUUGAGUGAAUUUGAGAACGCAUCCACAAACUUGAGACUAUUCAAGGCAGAAUUACUGGAUUAUGACUCCAUAUGUUCAGCAGUUGAAGGGUGCAUUGGAGUAUUCCAUGUUGCUAGUCCAGUUCCAGUUCCUAAAACCACAGUACCAAACCCAGAGGUAGAAGUGAUUGAGCCUGCUGUAAAGGGCACACUUAACGUACUGAAAGCAUGUCUUGAAGCAAAAGUUAAGCGAGUUGUUGUUGUGUCCUCUUUUGCUGCUGUGGGCAUGAAUCCAAGUUGGCCCAAGGAUCAAGUGACUGAUGAAACAUGUUGGUCUGAUAAGGAAUAUUGUAGAACUACAAAGAACUGGUAUUGUCUUUCUAAAACGGAAGCAGAAAGUGAGGCCUUGGAAUUUGCAAAAAGAAGUGGGCUUGAUGUUGUAACUGUAUGUCCUUCCCUUAUUUUAGGGCCAAUUCUACAGCCUUCAGUGAAUGCAAGCAGCGUGGUUAUCUUGAAACUUCUGAAAGAUGGUUCUGAAUCACUAGAAAACAAGUUCCGAAGGAUUGUAGAUGUACGUGAUGUAGCUGAGGCACUACUAUUGGCCUAUCAAAAGCCUGAGGCCAAAGGAAGAUACAUAUGCAUAGCACACAUAAUCAAGGCAAAGGAUCUGAUUGACUUGCUGAAAAGUAUAUACCCCAACUAUAACUAUCCUAAGAACUUUACCGAAGUGCAUGAAGAAGAAAGGGUGAGUUCUGAGAAAUUGCAAAAAUUGGGUUGGAGUUUCCGGCCAUUGAAGGAAUCUUUAAUUGAUUCCGUUGAAAACUAUUGCAAGGCUGGACUCAUUGAUCUUGUUGAGGUGGGUGAGUGUUGGAAACUGGUUUUGGAAAUGGCAGCUGAGAAUGAGAAGGGAAGAGUUUGUGUAACAGGAGGAGGAGGAUUCCUUGCUUCAUGGGUCAUUAAGCUACUUCUCUCCAAGAACUAUUUUGUCCACACAACCGUUAGACAACCCGGAGAUGUGAAGUAUGCUCACUUGAGUGAAUUUGAGAACGCAUCCACAAACUUGAAACUAUUCAAGGCAGACCUACUGGAUUACAACUCCAUAUGUUCUGCAGUUGAAGGGUGCAUUGGAGUAUUCCACGUUGCUAGUCCAGUUCCUUAUACCACAGGCCCAAACCCUGAGGUAGAAGUGAUUGAGCCUGCUGUAAAGGGCACACUUAAUGUACUGAAAGCAUGUGUUGAAGCAAAAGUUAAGAGGGUUGUUGUUGUGUCCUCUAUUGCUGCUCUUGUGAUGAAUCCAAGCUGGCCCAAGGAUCAAGUGAUUGAUGAAACUUGUUGGUCUGACAAGGAAUAUUGUAGAACUACAAAGAACUGGUAUUGUCUUUCUAAAACGGAAGCAGAAAGUGAGGCCUUAGAAUUUGCAAAAAGAAGUGGGCUUGAUGUUGUAACUGUAUGUCCUUCCCUUAUAUUGGGGCCAAUGCUGCAGCGUACAGUGAAUGCAAGUAGCUUGGUUAUCUUGAGACUUCUAAAAGAUGGUUGUGAAUCACUGGAAAACAAGCUUCGAUAUAUUGUAGACGUACGUGAUGUAGCUGAGGCACUAAUCCUGGCCUAUGAGAAUCCUGAGGCUGAAGGAAGAUACAUAUGCAUGGCAUACACAAUCAAGGCAAAGGAUGUGGUUGACUUGCUAAAGAGUAUAUACCCCAACUAUAACUAUCCAAAGAACUAUACCGAAGUGCCAGAAGAAGGAAGGUUAAGUUCUGAGAAAUUGCAAAAAUUGGGUUGGAGUUUCCGGCCAUUGAAGGAAACUCUAACUGAUUCCGUUGAAAGCUAUCGCAAAGCUGGACUGGUUGAUUGA